GCGCGCCUCGCGAUCCACCUGCUGCGCGGCCGCCGCGCUUCUAGUGCUCUCCAAGUUCACGGUCCCUGAGCCCAAACCUGCAUUCUGAUGGAACUGCCGCGAUGUUCGCCCCGAGGCUCCUGGAUUUCCAGAAGACGAAAUACGCCAGGUUCAUGAACCACAGAGUCCCUGCCCACAAGAGGUACCAGCCCACGGAGUACGAACAUGCCGCCAACUGUGCCACCCAUGCUUUCUGGAUCAUUCCCAGCAUUCUCGGCAGCUCCAACCUCUACUUCCUGUCAGAUGAUGACUGGGAAACCAUUUCUGCCUGGAUCUACGGCUUUGGCCUCUGUGGCCUCUUUGUGGUGUCUACUGUGUUCCACACCAUCUCUUGGAAGAAGAGCCACCUCAGGAUGGUGGAGCAUUGUCUGCACAUGUUCGACCGGAUGGUCAUCUACUUCUUCAUAGCGGCCUCCUAUGCACCCUGGCUGAACCUUCGGGAGCUGGGCCCCUGGGCCUCCCACAUGCGCUGGCUGGUCUGGAUUAUGGCCUCUGUGGGCACCAUCUAUGUCUUCUUCUUCCAUGAGCGGUACAAACUCCUGGAGCUGCUCUGCUACAUCGUGAUGGGCUUUUUCCCCGCCCUGGUCAUUCUUUCAAUGCCCAACACUGAGGGAAUCUGGGAGCUGAUGACUGGAGGGGUCUUCUACUGCUUGGGCAUGGUGUUCUUCAAGAGUGAUGGAAGGAUCCCCUUUGCCCAUGCCAUCUGGCAUCUGUUUGUGGCAUUCGGUGCUGGUACCCACUACUAUGCCAUCUGGAGAUACCUCUAUCUGCCCAGCACCUUGCAGGCCAAGGUGUCCAAAUGAAGCGGUUCAGACUCCAUGGUGCAUUUAGGCUCUUGGAGCAGAACAUCAUGGAAAGUGUUUCUGAGAACUUUAGUCCAGACCACAG